GCAGUGACGUUUCCCACUGGAGGCUCCUCCGCUGCGGUGAGAGACGACCAGAGAGGAGGGAGGAGGCUCAUCGCUGCGUGCGACACUCGGCAGCAUCAUGGCACCUAUCGGAUUAAAGGCGGUGGUCGGAGAAAAGAUUAUGAAUGAUGUUAUCAAGAAGGUGAAGAAGAAGGGAGAAUGGAAGGCUCUGAUUGUGGACCAGCUGAGCAUGAGGAUGUUGUCCUCCUGCUGCAAGAUGACAGACAUCAUGACAGAGGGCAUUACCAUUGUUGAGGACAUCCACAAGCGACGAGAGCCUCUGCCCAGCCUGGAGGCCAUUUACCUGAUUACACCAACAGAGAAGUCUGUCCACACGCUCAUCGGGGACUUCAAAGACCCCCAUUCAGCUAAAUACAAGGCAGCCCAUGUCUUCUUUACGGACUCUUGCCCUGAUCCACUCUUCAAUGAGCUGGUUAAGAGUCGGACCUCCAAAUUCACCAAGACUCUGACAGAGAUUAACAUCGCCUUCUUGCCCUACGAGUCUCAGGUGUAUUCUGUGGACAACCCAGAUGCCUUUCACAGUUUCUACAGCCCUCAUAAGGCCCAGCUGAAGAACCCGGUAAUGGAGAGGCUGGCCGAGCAGCUGGCCACGCUCUGCGCAACCCUGAAGGAGUACCCGGCUGUCAGAUACCGAGGGGAGUACAAGGACAAUGCCACCCUGGCCCAGCUGGUUCAGGACAAACUAGAUGCCUACAAGGCUGAUGACCCCACAAUGGGAGAGGGUCCAGAUAAGGCCCGCUCACAGCUGAUCAUCCUGGACAGAGGUUUCGACCCAGUUUCACCUGUCCUUCAUGAGCUUACCUUUCAGGCCAUGGGCUACGAUCUGCUGCCCAUCGAAAACGACGUCUACAAAUAUGAGACCAGUGGCAUUGGAGACUCGCGUGUGAAGGAGGUUCUUCUGCAUGAAGACGAUGACCUGUGGGUGAGCUUGAGACACAAACACAUAGCCGAGGUGUCCCAGGAAGUAACACGUCAGCUGAAAGAGUUUUCCUCCAGCAAGCGGAUGAACACCGGAGAGAAGACCACAAUGAGGGAUUUGUCCCAGAUGCUGAAGAAGAUGCCCCAGUACCAAAAGGAGCUCAGCAAGUAUUCCACUCACCUGCAGCUUGCUGAGGACUGCAUGAAGCAUUACCAGGGAACAGUGGACAAGCUGUGCCGCGUGGAACAGGAUUUGGCUAUGGGCACCGACGCUGAAGGGGAGAAGAUCAAGGACCCCAUGAGGGCCAUCGUUCCCAUCCUGCUGGAUGCCAACGUCAGCACAUACGACAAAAUCCGCAUCAUCCUGCUGUACAUCUUCCUCAAGAAUGGAAUUACAGAGGAGAACCUGAAUAAGCUGAUCCAACACGCUCAGAUCCCUCCUGAGGACAGCGAGAUCAUCACCAACAUGGCUCACCUGGGGGUCCCCAUCGUCACAGAUUCCACUCUUCGCAGAGGAAAGAAGAUGGACAGGAAGGAGCGUGUGAGCGAGCAGACCUAUCAGCUUUCUCGCUGGACUCCGCUGAUCAAGGACAUCAUGGAGGAUGCCAUCGAUGAUAAACUGGACACUAAACACUACCCCUACAUCUCCACCCGUUCCUCUGCUUCCUUCAGCACCACUGCAGUCAGUGCUCGAUAUGGACACUGGCACAAGAACAAGACACCUGGAGAGUACCGCACCGGUCCCCGAGUGAUGGUCUUCAUCAUCGGAGGCGUGUCUUUCAGCGAGAUGCGCUGUGCCUAUGAAGUCACACAUGCCAAUGGGAAGUGGGAAGCCGUCAUUGGUUCCACCCACUUGCUCACCCCAACCAAAUUCUUAUCGGACCUGCAGCACCCCGACUUCCGAGAGUCCACUAGGGUGUCCUUUGAGGACGCACAGCCCUCAGACGAGUGAGGCAGAGACAGAUUGGGAGGGAGGGAGAGAGAGAAAUCACACAGAACAAAGAUCGACCCACAUCUUCACUCCCACCUGCCUGCUGGAGCAGCUCAAGGCCAUGAACAAACCAGAAGAGGAAGUGACAAGCUAAAAUCCUUCAGUCAAAAUCUUUUCUUCAUAUCUUCAUCCCUCUCAACCCUGACCCAGCUGUGUUACCUCCACGUUUCCCAGCCAAAUCCUGCCCAUCGUUUCUGUAUGCAUAUCGCUUGAGAAAAAAAAAAAAGACAUCUUAAAUGAUGAAAAAAAAAAGAGUUAUAUCAAAGAAUAAAACUGUUGCAAGUAUUCAUGUAUUUUACAAUGGAUACAACUAACUAAAUUUAUUUAAAAAGAUAAAAUAUGAAAAGGCCACAUAAAAUGCAAAGUACCAAAAUGUCAUAUUGUAUGCUAUGAUUAUGAACCCUGCUAGAAUGUGUAAACUGUGUUUUUCCUUUGUUUCUUUGGCUUACCUCCUUGGUGUGAGUUUUAUUGUUGGCAGAUCGAAGGGGGAUAUGCACUUUGAGAGCUUAAUUUUGUAAUAUAUAUCAUGCAGUCUAUAUGUAUACAUAUACUUCAACAGAGAGGAGCACUAUCCACCCAUCUGAGAUGUUUGUAUUCAGUAGCAUGCUUGGACUUGUGUCAACUGUUCUGUGUUUGUGUCAAGUGUGGGUGUUUUGAGUGCAGAAGUGUUAGCAUUUAGCUUAUUUUCUUAUGGUCGAAUACAAAACCAAUAACUUUUUCUUUGAGUAUCAAACUAUUUAAAACGCGCUUGGUAACUAAAUACACUUUCCUUCUGCUCCAAACCUUUCUCCUAUUGAAUGAAUUACUUUUUCCUUUCCAGGUUUAGCUUAUUUGCUAAUAAGCUAUUAGCUACCUAAGAUAAUAAGCCAAAACCAACCAUUCAGUCAUAUUGUUUAAAUAAUUUUAAUGUUUUGAAAACAUUAGACCCAUAUACAACAGUAGCAAAUGCCAAGUAACUUCUUUGAAAAUGCAGUUGUGAUCAAUUACUUUAGUUUAGCUUGUUUUCCAAUAGCUGUCAGCACAAAAUGCCAAUAGACCAUUAGCCAACAAACCUCAUCAGCCAAAACUAACCAUUAUUUAUACCAUUUUUAAAAAAUGUCUUAAAACUCAGUAACUAUCCUAUAUUCAUCGUAGUACAAGUACAAGUACAAUCACUUUUUCCAAGAUUAGCUUUUUCACCAAAUGUUAGCAAAAACUUAUACUUGGCCAUUAGCUAACGAAGCACAUCAGCCAAACUUUGGCAUGUUCUUUUAGCCAUUUAAAAACAAACUUUACGUUAGGUUCACAUCUUCAAACAAUAAAAACACACACACCACCAAAUUUAAAGCAUAAUUGAAAACUAUAAUUUCUUCCAGAGUUUUGUUUGUUUGCUAGCAGACAUAAAAAGUCGCUAAUGGCUAUAAGUGAACCAAGCAGGCUAAGCUAGCCCAUUAAACCUUUCAGUUAUUCCCCUUCUGUUCCUUUAUAAUUUGAAAAUGUCACCACUAGGAAAAUCUGUAUACAUUUAUUUUGUUAAAACAAAAAUAUGCUUUGAAACUUUCCACCACUCAGUUUCCAGCUUAAAAACAUUUAAGUUUAAAUCAUUCCUUUCCAUUACCUUUCCAGCUUGUUUGUCAGUUGUCAGCAAAAAAUGCUAAGAGGCCAUUUACUAAACCAGCUAAUCUACCAAACGUAGCCAUUUUCCUGAGGAUUGCUGUUGUAAAAAGGUUACUGAAAAUGUUAAGGACUUAACAGGCACAGUCAAGGCUAUUACAAUUAUUUCAGAUAUUUUUGUUUCCGAUUGUUUCUGUGGAGUGUUUGAUACUCAGACAAGUUAUUGGUUUAAGUAUUCGACUAAUAAGCUUGGCUAGUAAGAGGGAAAUAAAAAGUAAUGUGUAUGCUAAAAUCAUCCCUCCUCCGACUGCCCUUACUGUAAUUUCCUGCACCAAUCUUUUUUCCACUCUAACAGAAGACUUGUUGUUAAAAAGGCUGUUGCUUGCUGAUAUUUAAUGAGUAAUGCUAAAAAAGGUCCAGUUGUGUUUCAGUAUUGUAUCCUGUCAGAUUAAGGUCUUAUCAUUAGUAAUAAUGUCACUGGGCCAUGCACUGAGUAGUAUUGUGUAUCUGCCAUAUGUUGCUGUUUUAGCGUCUUACUGUUAAAUGGUGAUUUUUCUUUUUUUUUUAAACAGUGCAGUAGUAAAACCUUUUCUUUACCUUGCUAAUGUGAAGCCACUGUUUGUGACGUUUUAGCUGUAGAUGUUAGAGGUUAACUAGGUAACAUAUUUAUAUUUUGUUUUUUCCUUUGGUGCAAUGUAAAACUCUUAAAGUUGAAUGGCUUUGCAAGGAUAAAAAACAAACUAAUUGUAUAUGAUAUUGCUUCCCUCCUGUAGCCUCUUUCCUGGCCAAACAAGUUGUAUAUUGCACUAUAAUGAGUUUUCUGUGAUGCAAGUGCUUGAGUUAGUUUUAUAUUAUAAUUUAUAGUUCUAUAGGCUUCUUUUCUGCCCAAUCACCUUCUUUAUUUAAAAGUUAUUUAUCAGAGAAAAACAACAGUCUGUCCUACAACUGUUUCACUUAUUGGGGUUGUGUGUUUGGAGUGUGUAAGCACAAAACAGUACUUCCAUGUGUACCCAAUAUGUACUAAGGCUGUCUAAUAAAUUGGCUUCCAUUAUA